AUGGCAGAAAAUAUGGCUUUGGUCUUGCACACUCCGUCGGCGAAUGCCAACGUUUGGUGGAAAGUGAUCUUAUCUCAGGAUUUCCAGUUCUCCCUCAACCCUGAAAUCAUCGAAAUCGAACACUUUAUCAAAACCGGAAUUCUUCCACUGAUCAAUUUCAAAAUGAGACCUUUAACUUCAACCAAUGCUGUCGGCAACACCGAAGGGCUGGGCAUUUUGGAGAGGCUUUCAAGGAUGGAAGCCGAAAUCGGGCAUCUUCAGGUUAACAGUAAAACUCAACAAAACCAACUUUGGAGACAACAGAACGAAAUUUCGCGACUGCAAGAUGGCAUGGGAUUAAUUCGCGUUGCCGAAUUGUUGAGGUAUCUUCCUAAACCCCAACGCGACGGCAUGCAACAUAAUGAGCGCAACGAUUUCGUCCACGGCGGCGAUUUAAUAUUUGAUCUAGAGUACAUUACGUCUUGGCCAGAGGGCAGGGUGGACGUGAUACACGGCAUUCCAGUCGAACGGUCUCACUUGUUAAAUGCCUUCAACACUCGGUAUGGGCUUCCGGUUAGCCAUUUCAGUGGGCAGGACCAUCUGUCACCGCAGGCUAUCGAAACCAUCAAUAAGAAAAGCAAUUUAAUGCACCUCCGUUAUUGGAAACGGCCACAUCUUCUUGGAAGUCGGGAUACCAUACUCUCUUACAGUGAUUUUAUUAUUAAUCGGUGGCUCAAUGGCCCUUAUUCAGAAGUCGAGAUGGAGCCCUGGUUUAAUCAUCUCAUCUGGCUUUACCAGAACUUUCUUAGAAAUGGAGUGUAA